ACGUUGCUCCUGCAGAGGCGCUGUCUGCUGUCUGCUGUCUGUGGCUGCAUGUCUGCGGCGGGGUCGUGUCUAGAAGGGAACUCCUAAGCUGCGACUCUUGCGAGUGCUUUUGCAUGUUGGGGGUUACCUUCUAGACACCACCGUGCGGCGGCGUGUCAGCCGGAAGCCCGCCCACCAUGCAGCCAUGGCCGCUGCUGGAUGAGAAACAAGUGCGCAGUAACAGCACGGCACGGCACGGCACGGCACGGCACGGCCGAGGGGGCUCUCCACGGGGCUGGACACCGCACAACCUGGACUACCACAUAUUACUGACCUUCUUUACCAACAAGCAUGACGGAGACUAGCAUCAACCCGUUCUCCGGGUCGAAGCAGAACAGUAAGAUGUUCCACUACAGCAACGACAGCAGCCUUGGUGGACCUCAGCUGACGUCUGUCCCAUGCUCCAGUGCCAACCUCUGCUCCUUCACCCCCACUGGGUCCCUGCUGGACAGGAAGGUGGUGGGGGUCCCCUCUGCAGAAGACCUGUUCCGACGCCGUCACUCAGUCAGCCUCCCCGAUGCAACGUUCAGCCAGAACCAAUUUGUCAACAGCCUUAAGAUGGAUCCCUCGGUGUUGUUGGGUAGCAGCUGCAGCAACAACAAGGAGAACCAUUUCCGAGAGCGCUCCUACUCCGAGCUGGGGGACGGGCUGUGUGUGGGUGGAAGCAGCCAAGUCAACUCGAGUCGCUAUAAGACGGAGCUGUGCAGGCCCUUUGAGGAAAACGGCACCUGUAAAUACGGCGAUAAGUGCCAGUUCGCCCACGGCAUGCAUGAGCUGCGCAGCCUGAGCCGUCACCCAAAGUACAAGACCGAGCUGUGCCGCACCUUCCACACCAUCGGUUUCUGCCCGUAUGGCCCUCGAUGCCACUUUAUCCACAACGCAGAGGAGCGCCGUGGGCCCCCUCCGCUCUCCGCCUUCAACAAGAUGGAGCGCCCUCGGCUGCAGCACAGCUUCAGCUUCGCCGGCUUCUCCAGCUCCGAUGGCCAGCAGGACAGCCCCACCUCCGUCACACCUCCACCCGUGUUCUCCACCGAAGACUUGACGAAGUGGCAGGCCAGCCCCUUCACUUACUCCAGCCAGGAGCUCGCCAGCCUGUUUGGCCCCAGCUUAGGGCCCCCACCCGUGUCUGAGCCUCAGGGUCCGACCCCACCCUCCCCGACCACUCCCUGCUUUUUCCAGCCUACAUCAGAGAGAUCCCCCAGCCCCCCAGACUCGCUGUCUGACCAGGAGGGCUACCAGAGCAGCCUGGGCAGUCAGAGCGGCUCUGAGUCCCCCCUCCUGGAUGCGUCCCGUCGCCUUCCCAUCUUCAGCAGGCUCUCUGUCUCUGAUGAUUGAGGUGUGAAGAGAGAGAGGGAGAUGGAGACCGUUCACUUCCCUAACUCCCUCCUCGUCGUCUGAGCCCUGAUUACAGGAGAAGCAUUGUUGUAGCCAGCGAGUCCCAUCACAAAUCCAGAUCAAGUAUCUUCCAAUAUUCUGAACAGUUGGUAAACCAGAAUCUGAUCCACGUACAGGCCCUGCACUUUUGCCAUGGUGGGAUGAAGGGGAAUCCUUGUGUAAAGUAGUUUAAUAUGUCUUGUUAUGGGCAGUAGGAGUAGCUGUGUGUGGUCAGUACAGGGUGUCUCUGUGCCUCAACCUCGACACCUCCUAGAGGCUUGUGUCAUCUCUUGUUCAGUAAAGGAUCAUCAGUAAGAGAAAGUGUAGACAGUAAGAUUGUAAAAGUGCCUUGGAGUGUAUUCAUGUGAAGCCAACAGUAAGCCUAGACCUUCCUUUUCCCUUCUAACCAGGCCCAGCCUCCUGUCCUCUCACCCCUAACCCCAACCCAUGGUGAGAGGCUGGAUGCCGCUGCUAUGUGCCUUGUAAUAUUCAGCUGGUUGGUCACUUAGCAUUGUCGGUUUGCUCACCACAGACUUGUUAUUUUAAAACAGCCAACAUAAGAGUUUUGAAUCCACACGUCUCUGAAUGGGAUUCAAAAUGGGUCAUUUCCCCCAGAUUAGCAGCAAACCUGUUCUCUCACUUACUCUAGUGGCAUUUCAAUUUGUCCAGGUUUGGAGACAUAUCUGUCUCUAUCUUAGUACAGUGGAGGUGGGUGAAAUCAGCAUUAAAGAGUUCCAUUUAAAUCCAUUCAACAGCAGCACUGUGUCACUCUGCAUCAUCCACACACACUAGUUCUUAAAAGGAGAUGACAGCUGUUCACACUGAGGUCGGUGGAGUAACAGCGCAACAGGAACUCUGGAUUUAAAAUCAGGUUUCUGCCAACUAUUUCCCAAGGAAGAAGGAAAGAGAGAAAUGCUUUUUAAUUUGUUAUUGGGUGAACUGACUCUUGUUCCUGCUGUUAAUUAAUUAAUUCAUUCAUUCAUUCAUUCAUUAUUUCGCCUCGUUGAUCUUUAGAUUUCAAACUGUGCUGCAACGUUUGAGCAUCCGAUCAUUGUCCCCCAGAGAUCAGUUCUCUGUCAGCUCACUGAAAUCAAUGCACUCCUGUUGAUUCCACCAUGAUUAUUAUUAUUAUUAUUAUUAUUAUUAUUAUUAUUAUUAUUAUUAUUGUCUAGUUUAUUUCCUAAAGCCUUCUGAGUAAGGGCUUUGGCUGUCACUGCUUAUUUAUCAAAAUGUAUUUAUUGCUGAUCUUAAGCAUUUUUAUUUCAUAUUUAUCUGGUUAAUGAAACAAUAGAAUAUAUAUUUUCUUUUAUGUGAAAUUAUGAUCUUUCGUAUUAAUUGCCAGAUUGUGAAGAGCUGUUUGUUAUUUUUUUUCACAGUUAAUAUAUUAUACUGCAAUGCCACGUGUUGUAACACUUGAUUUCUUUUGAAAGUGAAUCACAAAUGUUCCUCAUUAGUAUUUAUUGUUUGGACUGCAGGUUGAGCCUCUCUGCUGCAGCCUCAGGGUCAAAGUCAGGGUUUCAGUGCAUGCUAGAGGAGGGGGGGAGGUGGGGCUGCAGCUGCCAUAAUCAAGUUCAAAUGAUGAAAAAAGCUAAAUUCAGUUAUUGCAAACUAAUCAGGUAACUAAGCUAGUAGCAUCCAGGUGUUCAGGGUGUGUGCAGGUGGUCUUUAUGGAGAUGAUCCGCUGUGUCUGUCUGCAGCGGCUCACCUCUCCAUCUUUCCCCGCUCUAUUUUUGCCAGAGCAGCUUGUCACAUUCACGGUGAAUGUAUAUGACUGCCCAUAUUUAUUAGCAAUUGAAAUUACUUUGAAGGCCUUUCAACCAUGUUUGGAAAUUGCACUAAACUGUUUGGAGAAAAUAUUUUAGUAUUCUUCAGAUACAGAAACAUUCAGUGGUUUUAGACCUCCAUCCUUCAAGUAUACCAAUGUCACUACAGAGCAUCUGCAUAAAUAAUAAUGACCGUGACUAUUCUAUAAUAUAGAUCUAGUGAAGUUCUAACCUGUUUACUCUCCUACCUGCAUCUCCAGAUGGAAAUGCCAAGCACUAACCAUAGCUUCCUGUCAUCCCUGCUCCAGCUCCUGCUUUCAGUCUCCUCAUGUCAGUGUCUUUUACUGGCAUUCAUUCUCAUUUCAUCAUCAGUCACUGAAUCAGUUUAACUGUGUGACUAAAGCAUUAUUGGGUCUUCUUAUGAAAAGCUGGUGGAAGCAUGCCUGUUCCUCAGUACCACGCACAGACUUCUAGCACUUUGAGUCAUCACAGUGAUGUUUGACCACUGUUUUCCAUGAAAGUGCCUUUAAAUACAUUCCAGGUCUCCCACAUGUUGUGCCUUCAUAUUUUUCUAUAACGGAGCAGAUACAAGCCUGAAUGUGUUCCUCUGGGUUAUUGACACAUGAGAAGCACCUGCUGAAUGUAUUACUACAGUAAUUACUUUGUUCAUGGUUUACUUUGUAAUUACAGAUUGCAGUUAAAACCAAUAAAACAUGUAUUUCUAUUGAA